AUGCCGCUCCUUCCUCUAGGGGAGCCUCCGUCGUUUACCGAUGCAUCGUCGCAAGAAAAGAUGGAGGAGGCAACACCUUCAUCUUUUGCGUCCAUGCCUCCACGGCUUGUAUUGGAGCUCGACGACGUACUUGUUGUGAUGAAGCCGGUGCCUUCGUCUCUUGCGACGGAUGCCAAAGAGGCAUCAGCCUCCGGUCGCCUAUGGCUUACAGAGGAGCAUCUUAGUUUUCUCCCCUCUGAUGGCAACGCUACAUUGCUACCUGGCUUUCAGCUGACAUACCCGAUGGUGGCCUUGCAUGCCAUCGCUCGAUCUGUGCCUGAGGAAGCCCAAGCAACUGGUUCACACUGGUACCAAGACGCCUGUUUGUACAGUCAGCUGGACGAACAUCCCGAGCGGGAUGCGGACGAUGAAGAAGAAGAAGAGGAGGUGCAUGAAAUGUGGAUCUUGGCGCGGGAUGACGUUUCACUGGAGCGCUUGUACGAGGCUUUAUCGCAUUGUGCAUCACUGCAUCCAUCUGUGGCUCCCGAAUCCAACGAUGCGCAUCCCUUUGCAGGGAUGGCACCGUUUGGCUCUGGGCUUUCACAUGGGGAUGACGAUGGCCACGAUGCGACCUCGGACGCAGAGGAGGAGACAUCUACGGGAAGGAUACCUACUUCGCAAACAUGGGACGAAACGAAUACGCUCAUGUUUGCCAAUAUUCCCACGGCGUUUUUUGAGUCUGAGCCGCUCAUGGACUUAUUCCAUACCCUGUUGCAUUCGUACGGCACGUUGGUCUCAUGCUCUCCCUUGCCCGCGUUUGGGCGGUGUAUUGCGGUGUAUGAAAAGCCUGAAGAGGCUGCGUAUGUAAAGCAUGCCCUGGACCGACUUUUGCUGCCGUAUGAAAGGGAAGAGUAUGGCGAUCUAGGUGAGCCCGUUCGUGUGCUUACGAGAGACUUUUCCUCGGCACACAAGGAAGGCGCCAUUUUGCGGGUGUACUUUGAUCGGCCUACACCGCUGGUCUUACUGCCUUCGGGGGAGUAUGUGCCUGCGCGCACCCUCGAGGCCUCCAAGCCUUAUUUAGAGCCGCCAGCGCCUGAGCGUGAAUUCCUUAUUAGUCCGCCAGGCAGUCCACCGGUAGGCUGGGAACCACGAUCAGAAGAUCGGCCUAAUACUGAUACCCUUGCAGAAGACCUCAUUGAAGCGCUACAGGCUUUGUCUGCCGCACAGGCCACAACUGACGACACGGAUGUGUCCGAGAAGACGCCGACCGCGCCUGCCUCUAACGUGCCUACGAUGCUGAUCCCUUCUACAGCCAUGACGAUCCCUGGCGUCGUCUUGCAUGAAAGUGAGACGAUGGAGUCUAUGACUGCACCACGUUCUUCCAUUCAUCAAGUCAAAGCCACAAUAGAGAGCCUUCAUCAGCCUACAGCACGUCCACCUAUGUAG